UUCCCUCUCUGUUCUAGCGCAGAGCUUAGUGCUUCUAGCAAGUGUAAACAAAAGGAAAUUGACAUAUUGCAGUCUUGUAUAUCUUGAAAAGGCAAUCGACGGAUCGACCUUUUUUUCCUUUUGAGUAAAUCGCUAGCUACAUUUACAUAAUAUUACAAGGCAAAUACAACAGUGUGUUAUUUGAGUAUUCCAUUUUGUGUACAUCCUCGCGCCUUUUAACUUGAGCUUCAGAUUGAGCAAAAGAAGUGGAAGUCAAAACAUGGUGGAGACACGCACAGGUGAAUAUGCCCCUCGAACAUAUGCAAUGACUUAUAGGUAGCAGUUGUAUUCUUUUAACAUGUUUUCUGGCAGUACCGUUAGAGUCCUUGGAUGACAGCUCCGAUGAUGAACCCCUAAUUGCAUUAGUAAAGAAGAAGCCGCAGCCCAUUGAGCCCAAUGGGACCCAGAGUGAAAAAGACCAGAACCAAGAACCUGAUCCUCAGUCAAAGAAUAGCAAAAGAAAAGAUUCUGGUGAGCGAACACUAGAGUGAAAUUAAAAUCUUUAAACACCUAUUAUAUAUAUAUAUAUAUACAGUACCAGUCAAAAGUUUGGACACACCUACUCAUUCAAGGGUUUUUCUUUAUUUUUUUACUAUUUUCUACACUGUAGAAUAAUAGUGAAGACAUCAAAACUAUGAAAUAACACAUAUGGAAGCAUGUAGUAACCAAAACAGUGUUAAACAAAUGAAAAUAUAUUUUAUAUUUGAGAUUCUUCAAAUAGCCACUCUUUGCCUUGAUGACAGCUUUGCACACUCUUGGCAUUCUCUCAACCAGCUUCAUGAGGUAGUCACCUGGAAUGCAUUUCAAUUAAAAGUUAAUUUGUGGAAUUUCUUUCCUUAAUGCGUUUGAGCCAAUCAGUUGUAUUGUGACAAGGUAGGGGGGGUAUACAGAAGAUAACCCUAUUUGGUAAAAGACCAAGUCCAUAUUAUGGCAAGAACAGCUCCAAUAAGCAAAGGGAAACGACAGUCCAUCAUUACUUUAAGACAUGAAGGUCAGUCAAUACGGAAACUUUCAAGAACUUUGAAAGUUUCUUGAAGUGCAGUUGCAAAAACCAUCAAGCGCUAUGAUGAAACUGGCUCUCAUGAGGACCGCCACAGGAAUAGAAGACCCAGAGUUACAUCUGCUGCAGAGGAUAAAUUCAUUAGAAUUCCCAGGCUCAGAAAUUGCAGACCAAAUAAUUGCUUCACAGAGUUCAAGUAACAGACACAUCUCAACAUCAACUGUUCAGAGGGAACUGUGUGAAUCUGGCUUUCAUGGUCAAAUUGCUGCAAAGAAACAACUACUAAAGGACACCAAUAAGAAGAAGAGACCUGCUUGGGCCAAGAAACACGAGCAAUGGACAUUAGACCGGUGAUAAUGUGUCCUUUGGUCUGGAGUCCAAAUUGGAGAUUUUUGUUUCCAACCGCUGUGUCUUUGUGAGACACGGUGUGGGUGAACGGAUGAUCUCUGCAUGUGUAUUUCCCACCGUGAAGCAUGGAGGAGGAGGUGGUAUGGUGUGGGGGUGCUUUGCUGGUGACACUGUCUGUGAUUUAUUUAGAAUUCAAGGCACACUUAACCAGCAUGGCUACCACAGCGUUCUGCAGCGAUACGCCAUCCCAUCUGGUUUGGGCUUAGUGGGACUAUCAUUUGUUUUUCACACCUCCAGGCUGUGUAAGGGCUAUUUUACCAAGGAGGAGGGUGAUGGAGUGCUGCAUCAGAUGACCUGGCCUCCAUAAUCCCCCGACCUCAACCAAAUUGAGAUGAUUUGGAAUGAGUCGGACUGCAGAGUGAAGGAAAAGCAGCUAACAAGUGCUCAGCAAAUGUGGGAACUCCUUCAAGACAGUUGGAAAAGCAUUCCAGGUGAAGCUGGUUGAGAGAAUGCCAAGAGUGUGCAAAGCAAAGGGUGGCUAUUUGAAGAAUCUCAAAUAUAAAAUAUAUUUUGAUUUGUUUAACACUUUUUUGGUUACUACAUGAUUCCAUAUGUGUUAUUUCAUAGUUUUGAUGUCUUCACUAUUAUUCUACAAUGUAAAAAAUAGUAAAAAUAAAGAAAAACCCUUGAAUGAGUAGGUGUGUCCAAACUUUUGACUGGUACUGUAUAUAUAUUUCUAAUUAUAUAUUGUUGGUCAUCAUAUUCACUGUUUAUGAGAUUAGGGUUGGAUGACACCUCAGAUGAUGAGCCCUUGACGAAGUUGGUGAAUAAAAUUCCCAGACCUAAAAAAGCCACUGUAGAAGCAGAGAGACCAGGGACUACUAAUAUCAAAAGAGGAACAGGUAAUGGCAUCAAGAAGACAAACAACAAAAUCACAGGUGAGAACCCCUCUCUAGCUCCUCAAAAUCUAGGCAAUGCCCUGAAUACUGUACCAUACACACACUACCAUUCUGAACGGAAGGAGGUAUCAAUUUGUUUUGUCUAUGUCGUAAUUGUAGGUUCAACUCAGAAUGAGGACUCCUAUGAUAGCUCAGACGAUGAGCCCUUGAUAAAGAUGGUUAAAAAGAUCCCUAAACAGACAUCGUUGCCAUUCAAAAAGAGACCAUUCAACACAGCAAGAGAGGUGAACGAUGUGAAGAAGUGUAGAAAUAACUCCAAGAACGCUAAUAACAUAAGCACAGGUGAGACUACUUCCUCAAUUCUUCUAUUUAGAAUAUAUAUACACGGGAAUUAGCUAAAUGGAUUUAGCGGGACUAAACUGUUGCUUUCCUGUUCAUAUUGUCUUCUAUGUAACUAGACUCAUCAUCCGGUGACAGCUCAGAUGAUGUGCCCCUGAUUAAGAUGGUCGAUAAACUCAAGGCACAAAAGCGAACAAAGACCCCCACCACUACAGCCAGAACAACGCCUGGCAUUAAAAAACCCAGUAGAGUUUUGAAAAAACACAACAGGAGGAUAGGUGAGAAUACUUAUCGCCUCUCGGCGCCAUGCUUUCACUUAUGACCAUAAUAUUUAGGAGAUAAUAAUUAGAUAGUUUUGUUUUCUGAUUGCAUGAUCAGAGACCUCGGAUGACAGCUCUGAUGAUGAGCCAUUAAUACAUCUGACCAAGAGGUCUCCAUCCAAAGAGACCGACAGGACAAUACCGAAGAGGUGUGUCGCUAAGGAAUCCAACAACAACAACUGUAGUCAAAUUAAAGGGGAAAUAAGCAGAGGUAACUAAUCCUGCAGAGCAACUUUUUUAAAGUUAUUGCGCAGUAUGCUGACAGAUCAUGUUAUAGAUGGGUCGUUGAAUUUCUCUCAUAUUUUUCCUUCAUCCUGUUUGAAUUGUCAGAGGAAGAGGUGGGCUCUGAUUCUGAUGACGAGCCCUUGAUAAAUCUAGUUAAGAAGCCUCAUAAAGCUGUAAAGAAGACCACGACACCAGCAAAGAAGAGGAGUGUAUCAGGAAAGACUGUGGUAGCCAGAAAGAAGACCAGAGCAGACAUUGUGAACAAAGCAGUCAUCAGACGGAGCACCAAAGUUGUUCAAAGCACAAGUGAAGGUGAGAAUACUUUUUCAGCACUUGUCGAAGCAUAGAUUUCAACACAAUCCAAAAUACACCCUAGAAUAUAAUAGGUUGUGUCUUGUUACAGUGAGGGAAAAAAGUAUUUGAUCCCCUGCUGAUUUUGUAGGUUUGCCCACUGACAAAGAAAUGAUCAGUCUAUAAUUUUAAUGGUAGGUUUAUUUGAACAGUGAGAGACAGAAUAACAACAAAAAAAUCCAGAAAAACGCAUGUCAAAAAUGUUAUAAAUUGAUUUGCAUUUUAAUGAGGGAAAUAAGUAUUUGGCCCCCUCUCAAUCAGAAAGAUUUCUGGCUCCCAGGUGUCUUUUAUACAGAUAACGAGCUGAGAUUAGGAGCACACUCUUAACCCUCCCGUUGUCCUAGGGUCAAAAUGACCCGCCACUGUGUUGAACCAACUUUAUUUAAUUUUUAUAUGUUUUGGAUCAUUUGUGAGAAGGAGGCAGUGAUACUUUCUUUAAAGUCUCACUGCCUCCUUCUCACAAAUGAUCCCAAAAAUAUAAAAAUUUAAUAAAGUUGGUUCAACACAGUGGCGGGUCAUUUUGACCCUAGGACAACGGGAGGGUUAAAGGGAGUGCUCCUAAUCUCAGUUUGAUACCUGUAUAAAAGACACCUGUCCACAGAAGCAAUCAAUCAAUCAGAUUCCAAAUUCUCCACCAUGGCCAAGACCAAAGAGCUCUCCAAGGAUGUCAGGGACAAGAUUAUAGACCUACACAAGGCUGGAAUGGGCUACAAGACCAUCGCCAAGCAGCUUGGUGAGAAGGUGACAACAGUUGGUGCGAUUAUUCGCAAAUGGAAGAAACACAAAAGGACUGUCAAUCUCCCUCGGCCUGGGGCUCCAUGCAAGAUCUCACCUCGUGGAGUUGCAAUGAUCAUGAGAACGGUGAGGAAUCAGCCCAGAACUACACGGGAGGAUCUUGUCAAUGAUCUCAAGGCAGCUGGGACCAUAGUCACCAAGAAAACAAUUGGUAACACACUACGCCGUGAAGGACUGAAAUCCUGCAGCGCCCGCAAGGUCCCCCUGCUCAAGAAAGCACAUAUACAUUACCGUCUGAAGUUUGCCAAAGAACAUCUGAAUGAUUCAGAGGAGAACUGGGUGAAAGUGUUGUGGUCAGAUGAGACCAAAAUGGAGCUCUUUGGCAUCAACUCAACUCGCCGUGUUCCGAGGAGGAGGAAUGCUGCCUAUGACCCCAAGAACACCAUCCCCACCGUCAAACAUGGAGGUGGAAACAUUAUGCUUUGGGGGUGUUUUUCUGCUAAGGGGACAGGACAACUUCACCGCAUCAAAGGGACGAUGGACGGAGCCAUGUACCGUCAAAUCUUGGGUGAGAACCUCCUUCCCUCAGCCAGGGCAUUGAAAAUGGGUUGUGGAUGGGUAUUCCAGCAUGACAAUGACCCAAAACACACGGCCAAGGCAACAAAGGAGUGGCUCAAGAAGAAGCACAUUAAGGUCCUGGAGUGGCCUAGCCAGUCUCCAGACCUUAAUCCCAUAGAAAAUAUGUGGAGGGAGCUGAAGGUUCGAGUUGCCAAACAUCAGCCUCAAAACCUUAAUGACUUGGAGAAGAUCUGCAAAGAGGAGUGGGACAAAAUCCCUCCUGAGAUGUGUGCAAACCUGGUGGCCAACUACAAGAAACGUCUGAUCUGUGAUUGCCAACAAGGGUUUUGCCACCAAGUACUAAGUCAUGUUUUGCAGAGGGGUCAAAUACUUAUUUCCCUCAUUAAAAUGCAAAUCAAUUUACAACAUUUUUGACAUGCGUUUUUCUGGAUUUUUUGUUGUUGUUAUUCUGUCUCUCACUGUUCAAAUAAACCUACCGUUAAAAUUAUAGACUGAUCAUUUCUUUGUCAGUGGGCAAACGUACAAAAUCGGCAGGGGAUCAAAUACUUUUUUCCCUCACUGUAUGCAAUAGUUGGAUUUGUAUUGCUUUAUCAGGUUCUUUGGAUGACAGCUCAGACGAUGAGCCCUUGAUUAAGAAGAUGGUGAGAAAUCCACCAAUGAAGAACCUUAUGGUUAUUCUGGAGAAAUGUGACACUAAAGAAGUCUUGGAAGAUAACGAUAGAGCCAACGUGGGAAACACAGGUGAAAGAAGUGCAGGUAAGAAUUCCUCUUAUUGUAUAUUUCCCUUCCCAUUUGGAAUAUCUUUGACACAGUCUACAGCUGCACUGUUUGAUAGAUAACAUUGAAGUCGGCCAUUCUCUACCUAUUAUGUAGCACCUAUAGUUGUUUGUUUGUUUAUUUGCCAGGGGAAGAGGAGAACUCCGAUGAUGAACUCUUGAUAAAGAUGGUCACGAAUCCCCCUCAUUCUUCACCAGAAACUAUGGCAGAGAAGGGAAAUAAUUCACAAACUGCCCUGACGAUGAACCUUUGAAAAAGACGUUUGGAAACCCAAAGUCAUGAAUAAGGGAUAUUAUAGGUACUGGAAUAGUAACUUUGUUUUGGGAAAGUGUUCAGUAACAAAAUUGUCAGGAAGAUGGUCCAAUUGUUAUUGACACAACAACCCCAUUUUGUUUUAUUGCAUGUUUUCAGUGUUAUGGUGAAAAUAAAUAUGUGAAUUGUCUAAAUAUUUUGGUGAUCUGGGAUCACUAUUUUCAUGUUAGAAUUUUUAGUGUUUUACAUUUUUAACUUUUUAUAAUUUAAAAAAAUAAUAUUUUUUUACCACUUGGAUGCUGGUGGUUUCAUGUCUAUAGCAUAUUUAUGACCAUGCAAAAGUUGACUCGCUCAAUAUGUCAAAUUUUUUAAUUGUUGCCAAUUCUGAAUUAUAGAGUACAUUUGUGUGAUCAAAUGCAGUACCUGAGUCCUCCCUAUCUUUUUGACUGGAAUGGGCCGUCACUGGGAGCAGUACUAUUCACUGUAGAUGUUCUUAUGUCAGUCCAAGUAUAAUGGCUUACCAUUCAAUUGUGAGAUUA